AUGUGGAGAAUGAAAACUUCAUUAUUUUGGAGAGUUUCGGUAUUAUUGGUGUUCACUGCACUGAUCAUCCCAUCCUAUUCUCAGGAUCAACUCUCUGAUCAUGAUCAUGAACAGCUAAAGACUUUCAUAGUGUUUGUUUCUAAAUCGGACAACCCUUCGGUUUUUAGCUCUCAUCUCGAUUGGUAUAGUGCAACUCUCGAAUCUCUCUCACCUUCACCAAUAUCAUCAGUAUCUUCAGAUCAUUAUGAAUCUCCUUCUCGAGAAAUCAUGUACAGUUACGACCACGUAGCUCAUGGUUUCGCAGCCAGACUAACACCUUCUCAAGCAUCUCAUCUCGAAAGCUUACCAGGCAUACUCUCCGUCAUCCCUGACAGUUUUGUCGAACCACAUACUACUCACUCUCCUCAGUUCCUUGGGCUGAAUGACGGUUAUGGUCUUUUACCUAAUUCAAGUUACGGAGAGGACGUCAUUAUCGGUGUUUUCGACGGUGGUAUCUGGCCGGAACAUCAAAGUUUUAAUGACUUUGGUUUAACUCCUGUUCCAAAACGAUGGAAAGGUACUUGCCAGACAGGGCCUGACUUCCCUUCAUGUAACAGGAAGUUAAUCGGUGCUCAAGCUUUUUACAAAGGAAUUGAAGCACAUCUCGGUCAUAGAUUUGAUGCGGACGGUAGUAAAGAUUCAAGAUCUCCGAGGGAUACUAGCGGACAUGGUACACAUUGUGCAGCUACUGCCGCUGGAUCUCCAGUCAUGAACGCCGGGUUUCAUAACUAUUCCGUUGGAGAAGCCAAAGGUGUUGCAACUAAAGCUAGAAUUGCUGCUUACAAGGUCAUGUGGAAGGGUGGAGGUGUUACUUCUGAUUCUCUAGCUGGUUAUGAGCAAGCUGUAAAAGAUGGAGUUGAUGUGAUGUCUAUAUCAUUAGGUGAUGGCUAUGGUACUCCAUACCACCGAAGUCCAAUAGCCAUUGGAACUUUUGGUUCAAUGGAGAAGGGAAUUGUGGUUUCUCUUGCCGCUGGAAAUAAUGGAGCUAAAGGUCCGAAAAUAGUUGGUAAUUCCGCACCGUGGAUGUUGACGGUCGGAGGAUCAACUAUUGACAGGGAAUCUCGUGCCGAUGUGAUUUUAGGCGAUGGCCAAAUUAUCCCAGGUGUUUCAUUGUAUUAUGGAUAUCCAAUACCAUACAAUACUACUUACUUAGAGAUUGUUUACAUUCAAAAAAGUGACGGUUCUUCUAACAAAUGCUUACCAGGAUCCUUAAGUGCUACUCAAGUUGCUGGAAAAAUUGUAGUUUGUAAUGCUGAUCUUAAAAAUCCUGCAGUGAAAAAAGCCAGCGUUGUCAGGGAAGCUAGGGGUGUUGGAAUGAUUCAUGUCCAAACGAUCGACCAGUUCGAAGCAUUGGGGGCGAGAAACUAUCCGAUUCCAGCAACUGAAGUCACCAAAAGUUUUGGCUUGAGGAUUAUUACAUAUAUUACUAGUAACAGGAAAUAUGAUAAUAAACCAACAGCUAAAAUCAUGUUCCGAGGAACUGUAACUGGAUCUUUUUCUUUGUCGCCCGCUCCUAAAGUUGCCACCUUCUCUAGCACAGGUCCGAAUCCGCUAAUCCCGGAGAUUCUCAAACCAGAUGUUAUUGCACCUGGGGUAAAUAUCUUGGCUGCUCGGUCCGGUUCUGAUGCUGAAUUUGUAAUGAUGAGUGGUACUUCCAUGGCAUGCCCUCAUGUUAGCGGAUUGGCUGCACUGCUUCGAAAUGCAUUUCCCAAGUGGUCUCCUGCUGCUAUCAAAUCCGCUCUAAUGACAACUGCUUAUACUGUUUACAGUUCAGGUAAGUAUAUUACUGUUAUUAAUAAGACUGCUGGUGUCAAUGGAAAAAUUUCAACACCAUUCCAACAUGGGUCUGUACAUGUCGAUCCAAACAAAGCUCUAAAUCCAGGUUUGGUGUACGAUAUUACUCCUAGUGAUUAUGAAGCUUUUCUUUGCACGAUUGGGCACAACAAAAGACAGAUUAAACAUUUUGUCAAGGAUAGAGAGGUUGAUUGUGAUUUCGUCAGGUUAUCUACCGUAGGUGAUCUAAACUAUCCUUCAUUUUCUGUUGUUUUUGAAUCUGCUGAAAAAUCUCAAACGAUGAAGUAUAAGAGAGUGGUUACGAAUGUUGGAAUUUCAGCAGAUGCAAUUUACAAACUGAAAAUUAGAUCACAAACACCGUAUGUUAAGAUCAGUGUUUCGCCAACUAACUCGUGUUCAGUAAGGGUAUAA